UGUGCUUCAAUCAAUAAAAAGUACUUAUAAAUAAAUGUCAAGUUCAAUUAUCUCAAACUCUGCUUUUAGUUCAAAGACCCAUAACAUCAGUUUCACUGUAAGUAGAUUCAUAAUCAUGGGAAGAAACUUUGAAGAACAGAUUGCUCUCAAUGAAGAAUCUAAGGAUGUUGAAGAAGGUGAAAUGGGAGAACAGCUAUUGGCUUCUGCACCCAAAUCACCAGCUCAAACUAGCAGACCAAGUAGCAUGGUUUUCAAGAAAGCACAUACAGUAAUUCCAGCCCACUUGAUAGCUGAAGCAAUCUCAACCCUCCAUGGCCUAGACCUAAGAUGGUCUGGCCCAAUCACCCUAAGUGAGAUGCAAUAUGUACAACAAUAUGUCUUUGCCAAGUACCCAGAAUACAGCAAUGGCCUAGUUGAAGAAGCUGAUAACAUUGAUCUCUACACUCUGUGUGUCAAUGAAGAGUCCUCCGAGACUACUCAGCCUGACGAAAAGCCCAAAAACACAGGUCCAAGAGACUCAUCUUCACCGUCCUUCAACGCCAGCCUCUCCGACCUUGACAGAACCCCAUUGGAGCCUUCAAGAUUGCUCGACAUCCUCACGAAGAAAUCGUCGUUUCAAGGCAAUUUUAUGUCAAUCCCAGAGAUACAAGUCAGGAACAGAGCUUUGCAGCAAUGUGGGCUGAAUGAAGAUGAGUACUUGGUCAUUUUCACACCAACUUUGAAAGAGGCCAUGAUGAUGAUUGGUGAAUCAUACCCUUUUUUCAGGGGAAACUACUAUAUGACCGUUAUAGGCGAAGAACACGAUUUCAUAAGGGAGUUUGUAGGUUAUAAGGAUUCAAAAGUUGUGGCAGCACCAGAAACAUGGCUUGAUUUGAGGAUCAAAGGGUCACAACUGAGUCAAUACUUUCGAAGGAAGUGUAAACAUAGCCCAAAAGGCCUUUUCUCUUACCCAGCUGAUGUGAAAGGUACGCGGUACUCUAUGCAUUGGAUAUCGGAGGCUCAUAGGAACUUAUGGCACGUUCUUUUGGAUGCUACCAGAUUGGAUGCUGAGAAGGACCGGUUGACUCUAGCACUCCACCGGCCUGACUUUGUUGCGUGCACAGUCGAUAACACGCAUAAUCAGCCAUCGAAGAUUACCUGCCUAUUAGUCAGGAGGAGAUCAUUCGACACCAUGGCACCUUCACCUUAGAUGAGCAAUGAUAUACAGACAAAACUUUGUACAGAAUUUUCAUGCAGAAUGAUGUGAUUUUUUUGGUUCCUUCAUUUCUAAUCAAAACAUCUAUUGCUGUUCUCAUAGUUUCCAAAAUGCCAUUAACACAUCAUUCUGGAUGUGUUUUCUGUAUAAACUUUCUGUUUGUAAACAUUUUCCCGCCUUAGAUUAAUGGCUAAUUUGGUGUUUAUUUAAGCUUUC